AUUAUUAUCAUGUUCAAGAGCUACAAAUUCCCCAUUAAAUAUCAUUCAUACAAUUACAUGAGUUGCCAAAAAAAACAAGUUUCAUGUACAAGAAAAUUGGAGAAAGAAGUGAAGUGUUAGUAAGCACAAGAGCCACACACGUAACACAGCACAGUCACAAAAUCCCACCUCUUAACAAAUCUUCAUUCUCUCUCCUCUCCUUCACUCACACACUUACACCUUCUACUCUGCGUAACUGCCCUUCUUCAUAAACCGCCAAAUACUUGUAUACAUUAUGUUGCCUCUUCAUUCUUCUUCAUUCACCUCUUUUCCUUGUACUACAAUUUCCAACUUCUACACUUCUCCUGCAAUGCCGCUUUUUAGAAGAAAAUCAUCACUUUCUUCAUCAUCUUCUUCUUCAUGCAAUUCAAAUUCAAUCAAAUCUUCUUACUUUAUCCCAUUUACAUGUACCCAUUUCCUUAAAUUGAAACCCCAGAAAAGGAAUUCUAGUAUUAAGUGCUCUUCUUCUUCGAUUCCGCCUGUUUCUGAUGCUAGGAAAUUGCCUGAUGUUGGUACACUAUAUAGGAGGUUUUUGACAGUGGCAAAACCAUAUUGGUCAUCUGAAGAUAAAGUUCAGGCUAGAUUGCAAUUGGCUGCUGUUUUUGCUUUGACUUUGGGGACUACUGGUAUUAGCGUUGCUUUCAGUUUUCUUGGCCGUGAUUUCUACAAUGCUCUUGCUAACAAAGAUCAAGACCAAUUCAUGAAGCAACUAUUAUAUUACCUUGGUGGGUUUUCUGUUGGCAUUCCGGUUUUUGUAUUGAGAGAUUAUGCAAAAGAAACCCUUUCUUUGAGAUGGAGAUCUUGGAUGACAACCUUUUACAUGAAGCGUUAUUUGCAAAACCAUAGCUUUUACAAAAUUCAGUCACAGUCAACAAUUGACAAUCCAGAUCAACGGAUUGUUGAUGAUCUGAGUACAUUCACAGGAACAGCACUUGCCUUCUCUUUGACACUGUUUAAUGCUGCAAUUGAUUUAAUAUCAUUUAGUAACAUACUAUUUGGCAUCUAUCCUCCGCUAUUUAUUGUUCUUCUGAUAUACUCAAUUGGGGGAACAGCUAUAAGUAUUUUUCUGGGAAAGGGACUGGUGAAUUUGAACUUUUUGCAAGAGAAAAAGGAAGCAGACUUUCGUUAUGGACUUGUUCGUGUGAGGGAAAAUGCAGAAUCAAUUGCUUUCUAUAGUGGUGAGGAAAAUGAAUUGCAAAUGCUAGUCCAAAGGUUCAGCAGUGCUUUUCAAAAUUUAACUCGCCUGUUGGUAGCUUCCAGAAACCUGGAUUUCUUCACCAGUGGUUACCGGUAUUUCAUUCAAAUCCUUCCUGCAGCAGUUGUUGCACCCUUGUAUUUUUCUGGAAAGAUUGAAUUUGGUGUCAUUAAUCAGUCCGUAUCAGCUUUUAACCAUAUCCUUGGAGAUGUUUCCCUCAUCGUCUAUCAAUUUCAAGCCAUCAGUGCCUUCUCUGCUGUGAUUGACCGUCUAGGUGAAUUCGAUGAUCUUCUUGAUAGUAACAUCUCAGAAAACCUCACUGAUUCAACAAGUAAUGUGUAUGUUGUCUAUCAGAAUGUGACGAGUCCAACAAAUCAGACUUUAUUGGAUUCUAGUGGAUCAUUGACAGAAGGAAGUAGUAAAAAGUUGGUCGAUUUGGAGCAUUUGACUCUGGUGACUCCAGAAAAGUCUACAAUUCUCAUGGAUUUAACAUUGUCAAUUAACGAAAAGGAUAAUCUGUUGAUAACUGGGCCUAGCGGAAGUGGUAAGACUUCUCUGUUAAGAGCUAUGGCUGGUCUUUGGACUUCUGGAAGCGGAAAAAUCACAUUUUAUGUGAAAGAAACGGAUGAUCACCAAUCUGUCUCUACACAUGAAAAUGCUGAAGAAAGUGAUCCAUUUAAGAGUAGAACUUCUAGGGGUAUAAUUUUCCUUCCCCAGAAACCUUAUAUGGUUUUGGGCUCCCUGCGCCAGCAGUUGCUUUAUCCAACAUGGGCUGAAAUUCCAACUUUAGAUGGGGUUGAGCAAACUGGUUGCCCACCUUUCUUGCUGCAGACUGAGGGGUCAGGCUGUGUUUUUACAAGGUCACUUAAGCCUACUACCGAGGAUUUAAUAAAGGUAUUGGAGGAUGUUCGCCUUGGCUAUUUAGUGCCUCGGUUUGGUCUUGAUUCAACUUAUGAAUGGUCGAGUAUUCUUUCCUUGGGUGAGCAACAGCGCCUUGCAUUUGCACGUCUUCUGCUUGCUAAGCCAUAUCUGAUCCUCCUGGAUGAAUCUACCAGUGCUUUGGAUGAGGAUAAUGAGGAUCAUCUAUACCGCUUGAUUGAAGCUGCUGAUGUAACCUAUGUUAGUAUUGGCCACCGAAGAUCAUUGAUAAACUAUCACAGCAAGGUUUUGAAUAUAAAAAAGAUGGAUCCACAAUCUCCUGAACGCAACUGGACCAUCAAGCCUAUAAAUCAAGAAGCAAGGAUUAGAUUGUCAGAAAUAGGAUUGUAGCUGAUUUGAAGUUCAGGGUUUUCCUUGGAUGACAACAUGACACGACUUUGUAAUAUUGCCGUGCCACUUUACUCGAAACCAUGAUGGAAGAUUUACAGGCAAGCGGGGUGCCUCUUUGAAGUUGGGACCGUAAAAAAAUUGGCGCCUGGGUAUGCUUGAAUUAGAUUGUCUAAGGCUAACAGAUUGCUUUUCCAUAUAUAGUCAAAUUGAAAGAAACUUGAGUCUCUUAAUGUAAAUAGUACAAUCAUGGUAAUUCCAUAUAUGUGUGUUUUUUUCCCUAUUUUUCCUAAA